AGCAGGGCUACCUCUGAAUCUGGGAGGGGUGAAGGUCCCACUCAGCUCCAUCAGGGAGAUUAGAGCAGGGGGAUGUGUAAAGGGAAGGGACGCUCUGUCAACUCUUCACCCAGGUCUGAUGCACUAAUGCUAACCGCACCUGGGAAGAAGACUAAAUAAUAGUGACGAUGAUAGCUAACAUUCAUGUAGCCUUUAAGGUGUUACAAAGCGCUUUACAAAUAUUGUUAUAUCAUUUUAUCCUCCCCAAGUCCUUGGGAGAUAUAUACUAUCAUUUUUCCAUUUUUCAGACGAGGAAACAGAGGCUGGCCAAAGCUAAAUGAUUUGCCUAGGGCUACACAGCUAGUGUCGGAGGCUGUAUUGGAACUCAGGAUUUCCUCACUCUAUGCCCAGCUCUCUAUCCACUGUCAUCUAGAGUCCCAACGUAGGUAAUGCUGUUGCAAACUGCCUUGGGGUAAGGUGGUGAAGGGUGCGUUACUAGCUGGUUAUGGUUGGCUUCCUGAAACGCACACAAACGCUGAAUAGAAUUGGAGAUGAUGAUAGCUAGCAUUUAGAUAGGACUUUAAGGUGUCUUUUCAUAUAUAGUUUCAUUUUACCUUCUAGAAGAUCAUCUGGUAACUCUUGCGUUUUACAGACGAGAAAAUAGUAAUAACUAAUAUUUAUCUAGUCCCUUUUAAAGCACUUUACGCUUUAUCUUAUUUGAAAUGGACGUCCAGAGUGCAUCACCCACAAGAUCAUAGAUUUGGAACUGGAAGGUAAUCUUAGAGGCAAUCAGCUCCAAACUUUCAUUAAUUAACAAGAAAAAGGGAAAUAAUCCCUACCCUCUAGGUGCUUACAUUCUAAAGGAGGAAACAGUUUGCACAUACAUUUUACAAUGAAGAAACUGAGCCCAAGAGAGGUUAAGUGUCAUGUCCAGUGAUUCCACAGGUAACAACUGUAAUUGCAUUUUCAUAGCGCUUACAAAGGUUUACAAAGGGUCAGGUAUGUGUCUUGCACUCAGGUCCUCUGUAUUCAAAUGCAGAACUCUUUUUUAACUCCACUAGACCACGCUUACCCUCCUGUCUUCCUCCUAGGAAUAUUUAUUAAAAGUCCUUAUCCCUGGUCCCUUUCAAGUCAUCUUCCUCGGAUGAUAUCCCAUGCAUCCUCGACAAAUGACUUGCCCUUCACCCAAUUGUCCAUCUUUGCCCUUUUGCCAGCCUGAGAUUUGCUCCUCUGAGAUAAUAACGACCAUAGGAAGACGAGCUCUCUUACAAUAGCUGGAUGACCUUCAUCAUUAGACUGAUGAAUUUCUGGAUACUUUUUCUGCCUCUUAUUUCCUUGCUCCAUUCUCCUCCCCUUUCUCCUUUAUCUAUUUAAAUAUUCUAGGCAUCCAUACAGUCUUGCACAGGCUCUCUAACGUAGCAAAAAUAACCACGAUAUUAUGCGAAUCAUAGUUUUAUUGGGGGGCACGUAUUUUUUUUUAAAAAUCCCUCUCUCAAUGUGUACCGCACCCCCACCAGGUAACUGCACUGAGGUGACUUAAUGCUUUUGGUUCAGUUCACUGAAUGGAUUGUUUUAACGUUUAGAAUUUGGUGAAUAGCAAAUCGCCCUUCCUUUCCCCCCACCGCAGCCUCGCCUCCCCCCCCCAACUCUCACCCCAGUAGAAAUUAGGGGCCAAUGUCUACUCUGAGAAGAGAAAGACUUCCGCGUUUCUUCAUCUUCACGCAUUCUGUGUAAUCUCUGUUGCAUCAAAACUCACCUACUUGCUCCCCAGCCAUACCUUUCUUUACCCAGGCAGUCCCUCUUUCCUGGAAUGCAUCCUUUCAAGGCUAAGCUAAGUCGCUGUCUCCAAAGGGAAAGCUUUCCUGAUCCAUGAAGUCGUUGUAUGGUCCUUUAGGGCAGGAGAACUUAGGAUGGGGGUGGAGGGGAGGGAGGAGGAUUGUUUUCCAUUUUUGUCUUUGUAUCUCCUCUACACCUACUAGGGUGCCUUGUAAGCAGUGGACAUUUAAUAAACGCAUGUUGAAUGAAUGAAUCAAAUGCAUAUGCAUAUAUGCAUACAUGCAUGCUUCCAGGUCAUCCUUUUGUUUUUGUUGAAUGAAGCUUAAAGACAAUGGCAACAUUGAUAGAUAACAAUCACCAUCUGCACAAUUCUGCCUUCAGCGCUGUAUUAAGAAGAAUUAAGGAAUUUUUUUUUGUUUGGGGGAAGUAUCUUGCAUAAUCUGUCUGUAAAAUCAGAUGGGAAUGUGGAUUGCAAAAGCAAAGUAAAUCGCCUGGAGAUCUUUACAGUAGCCCAAAUCUGAGUACCGUUGUCGCCUUCAGUUAAUUGAAACAUUCCAGAGAUUAUUUAAUACUGACUGGUUAGAAACAAUCAUUGUUACUUCAUCACGGGGUGGGGGGGGGGAAUGCAUAGCUAGGACAUAAAGCAAAUGCUGUGAAUGCUUAAAAGUUGUUUCCUUGGAUAAGAAUCAACUUGACAGAGGCGUAAUGGAAGGAUAAGCUUUUGGGGUGAGCUGAAAACUACAAAACAGAGCUUCUUGGGUACUUCUGGAUCCCCUAACAGGAAGUGGUACUACGAGGAAAGGGAAGAGAUUGCCACUGUUUCCUUUAGGAAUAUCUCACGUUGGGGGCGGUGCUUCCCUCCAGCUACCCCCUCACCAUACCAAUCCAUGCUAGAAGACAUCAUUUCUGCGAGCUGUUUAAUCUUUCCAAAAUGAGCAAAUUCGAUCAAGGCACAAGCGGGAGCGUCAUUUCCUUUUCUGAUACCCGCGUUUCAUCGGGAAAGUAAAGCAGCUAGCCCGCGCUGCAAUCCUCUGCACUCUGUGUAGUGCCAGGACAAGCUAUUACUCUCCAUUGUAGAAGACAGGAGGGAGAAGUCUAAAAUACUUUCCAUGAUGAGAAUCCUUCUUGCUUAAUAAUGGUGAAGUUCUUAGAAGAUACAUGCCUCAUAUUCCCAUAUAAAAAGGUGUUACCACAUCUGCAAACUUCCUGGGAGGGUGAUGGGAAUCCGAUUACUCCGGUUCUCUUCCGUCAUCAUCCUUGUGUUACUAUUGGUGGCAGGUGCUUUGACUACCUUGCUUCCUAACAUAAAAGAUGAUAAAAUGCCCACUUCCCGCAGAGAAGCAAAACCCCAGAGCCAGUCGGCCCUGGAUUCCUUUACUCUUGUCAUGCAGACAUACAACAGAACAGAUCUGUUGCUGAGGCUGUUAAAUCAUUACCAGGCGGUGCCUCAUCUACACAAAGUGAUUGUCGUCUGGAACAACAUUGGGGAGAAGGUGCCAGAGGACUUGUGGAAUGCCCUUGGGCCUCAUCCUGUCCCUGUGAUUUUCAAAAUACAAACUGUGAACAGAAUGAGAAAUAGACUCCAGACCUUCCCAGAACUGGAAACCAAAGCUGUUUUAAUGGUGGAUGAUGACAUGCUAAUUAGCGCUCAUGACCUCGUUUUUGCAUUCUCAGUUUGGCAGCAAUUUCCUGAUCAGAUUGUAGGAUUUGUCCCUAGAAAGCACGUCCCCACUGCUUCAGGUAUUUAUAGUUAUGGUGGGUUUGAGCUGCAAAUACCAGGAUUUGGAAAUGGGGACCAGUAUUCCAUGGUACUGAUUGGAGCAUCAUUCUUCAACCGCAAAUACCUCGAGCAGUUCCAGAAACAACCAGCGACUGUCCACGCUCUAAUAGAUGAGACCCAAAACUGUGAUGACAUCGCCAUGAAUUUUAUGGUCGCCAAGCACAUCGGGAAGACUUCAGGGGUGUUUGUCAAGCCUGUGGAAAUGGGCAAUUUAGAAAAAGAGACCAGCAGUGGUUAUUCCGGAAUGUGGCACCGAGCAGAUCACUUCCUGCAAAGGUCUUAUUGUAUAAAUAAGCUUGUGAAGAUCUAUGACAGCAUGCCCUUAAAAUAUUCCAACAUUAUGAUUUCCCAGUUUGGUUUUCCAUACUAUGCCAACCACAAAAGUAAAAUGUAAAAUAAGUGAAUAAAUAAUAAUCCUCGAACUGCUUGGGUAUUUGGGUAGCUUCUCAGUGUUAAGUUUUUAUAGCAACAUUAUAGACUGUUACCCCCUCUGAAGUCCAAGGUGGUCACUACUCGGGUAUGGGAUGUGUAGUGCCACUAGGUUGGGAAAUCCUUCCCUGCUUCAGAAAUAGAGAUGUUGCUGGUGUUGUUGCCAGAGUAGGCCUCUUGUUAAGGGAUUUUUAUCCAGGUGCAUAACUUCCUUGGUUUGUGACAUAACUGUUUACAUUUUGAGACUGUUUUCCUUCUUUUCUGACUCCUGGCAUUUGCCUUAAGGACUAUAAGCAAGCUGUCUCCAGUGUCUGAAAACCACAAGACAUUCCUCUCAGCUUUCUCAUUUAAGGCUGCUUGCCUUCAUCUCAAGCCUCAGAUGCCAGUCGGGCUUAUGAAAAAGGAGAAGUCCUGUAUUGUGGCUGGGAAGGCCACGGAGGAAAGCAUAAUAUUAACUGCACAUUUCGUACGAGGAGAAAAUCUAAAGGCAGCUGUUGAGUCCUCUGCUGGCCAACCCAACCUCUCUUGUCUAGACUGAUUCUGCAGACGAGGAUGUGGCUGCCGUCACCCCUGCUUUCAUUUUCACUGCUGGGUCCCUCAUGACUUGGUGGUUGUCUUGUAGCUAAAGAAUGUCUGGUUGCUAACUUCAUUUUUUCCAAACAUCUACUGCAUGGAUCACAGAAAGUGCAGCCCAUGUUAACUUAUAUGCAGCUGAAAGUCUCAAGGCAUAUCAAGAUUCAGGUCUUGCAUUUUGUCGCUAAAUCUGACCUCAAGAAUGUACACUCAUUCACUUGUAUACUUCGCAUCAGGUUUGCAUUGUCAUUAAAGAAAUGCAUACAAACCAGUUCUGUUUUAGAAGAAUGUUAAGACAGGGAUUUAAUGAGAUAAUAUAUAUAAAGCGCUUCGUCAACUUUAAAGUGCUCUGUAAGUGUGAGUUAUGAUUAUUAGGGCCUGAGAAAGGUGCCCUGGUAGAAUUCUAAUAAACAAGUUCAACCAGACCAUAUCUCAUUGCACAUCACUUAUCUCACAGGUUCUCCCUUUAUUGCGUCUAUUGCACAGAGUCCACUGGACUUGAAUUCUGAGUCUGUUUAGUGUAUCCUUAGUCUGUCGCCUUCUCUCCAUAGGGCAACAAAGCAGUUUUCAUUCCAAAGAAAACUCCAAUUGACAUAGUCACAGAAGAAUUAGAAGUGAAUCCUAAAUUCAGAGUUUAUGUAUACAGCGAGUCUGCAGCAACUCACUUUUGUGUUGGCAGUAUUGUUCCCUUUUGGUUCAUUCUCUGUAUUAUAAUAUUUGUCUUCCACACAGAUGUCUCAUGGUUGGUUAUCCAUGGCAAAGCAUAUGUCAGUGUGAAGCUGAGCUUCUGAGACCUUUUUGUUUUGGCUUUGUUUUGCUGGAGUGACAUAAAUGGAUUUUUCUGAUUGCUUCACUAUGAUAAAUAAUAUUAAAAUACUGAUGGCUCAUGGCCCAGCCACACUGAUCUCUGCAGCCAAGUGUGUGCUCCAUUUUCUUUUUAUUGUUGCUCAUUUGUGAUUUCCAAAAGGGUUCUGAACCUUGUUUUUAAAAUGUGAAAUUGAUUAUUUAGUUUGCCAAAACAAGGUGUGAUUUAGCUUCUUUUUUUUUUAUAAUAUUUUUUGGCAGGAGGUGGGAAGGAUGGAGUUCUGUUGGUAGAUAAAUAAAUAAAGCUUUUACCAUCCC